CUCUCCGGGAAGAUGGCUUCGGUGGGCUAGUUGGAUCGUAACGAAGAAACGUUAAUGUAUAAAUUAACGAUUUAAUUAGCUUGAUUUGCGAAGUAUUACCACAGCAUAAGUCAUAUUAGGCAGCCCUUAAAAUGCUUCCCCGGGCCGGAGAGCGGCAUGGCGGCGGCCGGUUUAUAUGCUUUAUUAUUGUACUGAACGCCGUGUUGUUUUCAGCCGGAGUUACAGCAACUCAAGAUGAGAAUAAAGUCAUUCAGGAGCAGCCCGCGGAGCUGCAGAAGGCCACCGUCGGUCUCGCACCCGGCCCGGCAGUGAGAGCCGAUGAACUCAAUAAAGGAAACCUGGGCUUUAUUCAUGCCUUUGUGGCAGCCCUCUCAGUCAUCAUUGUCUCUGAACUGGGAGACAAGACGUUCUUCAUCGCAGCCAUCAUGGCUAUGCGCUACAAUCGCCUCACUGUUUUGGUGGGCGCCAUGUUGGCUCUGGGACUCAUGACGUGUCUGUCAGUCCUGUUUGGUUAUGCCACCACCAUUAUCCCACGGAUCUAUACCUACUACAUAUCGACAGCGCUGUUUGCCAUAUUUGGUUUGAGGAUGCUGAGGGAGGGACUGAGGAUGAGUCCAAAUGAAGGGCAAGAGGAGCUGGAGGAGGUCCAGGCUGAGAUAAAGAAAAAGGACGAGGAGCUUCAGCGUUAUAAGCUAGCCAACGGCUCACCCGACGUGGAAGCAGGGACGGCGACCAUGUUACCUCAGAGGAAGUGGCACAGCCUGAUCUCACCUAUAUUCAUUCAGGCACUCACCCUCACCUUCCUCGCAGAGUGGGGUGACCGCUCUCAGCUUGCCACUAUUGUGCUGGCUGCAAGAGAGGAUCCAUUUGGAGUAGCAGUUGGAGGAACAUUGGGACACUGUCUGUGCACAGGCCUGGCUGUUAUCGGCGGGAGGAUGGUGGCUCAGAAGAUCUCUGUUAGAACCGUUACAAUCAUUGGUGGAAUUGUUUUCCUUGCCUUUGCAUUCUCCGCCCUCUUUAUCAAGCCCGAUUCUGGAUUCUGAUGGAAGAAUUGGACUCUUGCUUUCAUUUUGUAUAUAUACAACCCAGACCAAGUCGAAGAGUGAGAGACUGCACAAAGACUGCAGAUGGCUUGUUUAUAUGUUGGAGUAAAUCUCUUUUGUGUAAGUGAAGUAUGACUGAAUGAAAGAAAAAUCAUUUACUGCUCAUGACUUAAUGAGCAUUUUAGUUUUUUUUGCUUAAACCCCUCCCUGUUUUUGUCUUUCUUUACUUUCAACCAGACACUGUUCUAUUUUUAGAUGAUCAUCAUAUUUCUCCUGACUGUAUGCCGCCUAACAAUUUACUUUCCUGUAAGUUCCUGGCAUAUUGUAACAUUUUAAAUGACAAAUCAUGAAUCUUGUUUCCUUAUUGUUUUACCAGUUUGAGCAGUGUACUAUGGGUAAAUACUGGCCUGGUUCCAUUCUACUUUAUUCAAGUUCAAGCUUACUUGACUAUAACAACUUUAAAACUAAAACCAGAUGAAGCACUGUCACUCUUCUCUAUGACUGUCUACCCACUGCACAGCAGUGAAUCUACUCACGUCUCAGGAGUAUUUAGUGGGUAAGAGCCUUAGCAAUAUAAUGGUCAGUACUGAAUUGAAUGCUGAAUUAUUGGAACUGCCUGGUGUCUAAACUGCCUGUUCAUGGUUUGUCCUUUAUUCAUACCAUAUUACCAAAGGCUUGAAAUGUAGUAUGAAAUAAUGUCAGAUCUGAUUGCAUCAUCACAUGUGGCCUUUAAACACAGUCACUGUAUUUACUGGUCAUGAUUG